CCAUUGAGGCCCAUUGAGGACGUUAUGUGACGGAAGCUCGGAGGUACUGUCAAGCAGAGCCGAAGGUAUGCGGCCGUGUGGAGGCAGGUGUUGCGCUUUUCAGGAUCGCCCGUGACGCCUAGAGGUGGCAGAGCGUCUCGGCCGGUGGCUGUCACUCCAGAAAGCGCUUCGUCGGAGAAAAGAUGUCAAUAGCGAGGUGUUGUCGUUGACGUCCCGCGAACGUCGAAAGGAAAACGGGGCCGACCGAAGCUUAGCCGCUGGUACCAGGGCCGAGGGGUGUGAUGAGAUAACGAACGCAGAAUGAGAUAUAGCACCAGCGAGCUCUUCGGUUAUGCGGUUCUUACUCUCACUUUGCAUUUCAAUGGACGAGCCGAAGGUAAUGUCUCGUGCAAGGAUAUAAAAGGUCGCUCGUACGAAACUGGCUUUUAUUACAUCCCUGGUCCGGAACCCUGUACCCUUUGCGUUUGCGAAAAUGGCAAUCCCAAGCUGUGCAAGGCUGUCAUCUGCACCCUCCCCCAGGACUCGUUGCCCAAACAAGACUGCAAGUCCUUCCGCUUCGGCAAUACGUGUUGCGAGUUUAUUUGCAUGGAUGAUACUCUCUCAUCCGUAGUGAACGACAAACCUGAUGGAAACUUAGGCAAUGCCGGAGAGGGGAGUGCCAAUUAUGAUUUAGGACUGCGCAUCGUGGCCAGCUGCAUCACCAUUGUGCUGUCUUUGACGCUGCUAUUCUUCCUGAUACACCGAUUGCGGCAGCGAAAGAUUCGUGAUUGCGUAGCAGGGAGACAAAGUCGUCAAUUAGCGGAGGAUCAAAGGAGCCUGGGCAGCAUGGGGUACCUGGAAAGAGGAGGGCUCCCCCACGGCAUCCCCCUGGACGACAUACCAUGUAGCGGAGGAUAUCCCCUGUGGAAGCCCCCAGGGAACUACUUCCCCCGAGGAGAGGCCCCACCCCCAUACGAAGAGGCCGUAGCAGCCGCCCGGGCCGAGCAGGCUCUGCUGUCGAUGACUCCCCAUCCCCUGACGCCGCUGAAUUUCCAGAACCCCUACCUGACGAGCCACAACGACCACCCUAACAUGGCGGUCACGACGACGAACAACAACCACCCGAACGUCCAGGGUGGACCGCCCUCGCUCGCACCAAAUCCCCCCAAUAGCCACGUAGUCGGCUCUUCUCCACCCAUCUCGUCCUCCAGCAGGCCGGAGAGCAAUCCAAGGAGCACUCACUCGAGCUGCCACCAGCUGAACCAGGGUGAGGCCCCUCGAGGAUGCCCCAACGUAUCCACGACCAGCUUCAACACCGGCACCAACACCUACGAGAACCUACCGGCUCCCAUGGGGAUCCCCAUAGCGCCUCCACGUGGCGUCGUCCAUGGGAACCCCUCACCCAUGAGCAACGGUUCCCACUCCUCGGUGCCGAGACCUUAUCAACCCCUGCACCACACCACCCUCCCUCGCCAGGGCGGCGCCUUCACGAUAUCGGCGACCCUGCCGAGCGCCGGCGCGUCGACGCAUCGCACCAUCCCCAGGACUCUGGCGACCAGCGGUAGCCUCAGACUCCGCAGGGAAUUCACAGGCCAUCAGUCGGUCGUCCCCCUUUUCGACGACUCCCUGAAGAGUGUCUCGCCCCAGAGGUCGCCGCGGUCGGCCCCCCCGGUUAUACCGAUUGCAGAAAGCGGAGGCACACGGACCGACGCGUUCUAUGAGGACGUUCUCGUGGGACCUCCUUCCGCGCCUCCGCAGGUCGAGGGCGGCAAACCACCUACGACGCCUCCGGAUUUUCAGCCGUCGAUCGACCAGGUCGAGACCGUCGACCAGGAUGGGAGCUUCGAGUCGGUCGCGUGCGCCUGCAGCGUCCAGGUGUUGCCGACCCUGCACGACGAUGCUGAUGAUUACCGCAGCGAGUGCGAGAACUGCAAGAGCGCCACCGGGUCGCGGUACUACCUGGACACCGAGGACGAGCUCGUAACGUCGCCACACGAGACCAUGACUUUGCAUAGGAGGCCGGAGGAUGCGACCUCCGGUGCCGCUCCGCAAUAUUACAGGACUUCCCUCACACUGCCGACGAGUACUCGCCAGCGCACGAGGAGUACGGGAGCUCGUGAGAACUGGUUCAGCGCCAUGCCGGAGAGCUCCACCGAAUCUUCCGACGACGAUUAAACCGGUAGGCGAAGGGUCACACGGGGUCUGCCCUUUUGGAUGUUGAGAAUUCGAUGUACUACCCUGUGUAAAGAGUGAGUGCCCUCUGAUCUAUACUAUAUCGAGAACUAGGAAUAUCUAGGACGUCAUCUCCUCACUCGGUAUCCGUUCAUAGAGGAAAGCGUUUUUCUAGCAGCGGUUUACGUAGCAGAUUACCGCUUCGUCCACGACUGGCAUCUGAAUCGUGCUGUAUCGGGUUAAGGCGCCACGGAAGUGGCAUCCGGGGGUUCGAUCGCUUAUGAUACUUUUCUGCAAUCCAGGUGUACUUAAUCAUUUGAAACUCUGCCACGUUAUUGUGGAGGCUCCGAGGAAGGUGCCGACACCCGCGAGAUAUAAUUUUUCUUCAUUUGAUAAUUUAUAAACAAUUUUAAAAAUUACGUUUCAGGGGUGUCGGGAGGUAACUUAGGACCUCCAUGGUUACCUGGUAAAACAUUGAAUUAUUCGGUGCAUUCAGGUUGGAGGAAUGUCCCGUAGACGAGAUAUCCACCUCGGAUGCCACUUUCAUAUCGCCUUAAGCAGUUGAACAUGAGAAUAUCCCUCUCCCGGAUUUACGAGGUACUAAAGAGGGUUCCAUUUAUAACCAGAGAAUGAUAAGCAACUUGGUUGCCAUGAGUUCGUGAGACUCUCCGAAGAGCGUGGAAUUUUCUAAAGAUCAACAAAUCAUCCUUGAAAGGGGAGUUUCUCCUGGGCAGUUUGAAGCUACCAUUUCGUUGGCUGUUCGUGGAUUAUCAUUUCCAUAGGAGUCAUUAACGCAAUCGUUCACUUACGAAAUUACUCGGUUUCUUUCGACGCACCUUUACAAUCUUGUAUCUGCAACGUACAAUAACUUUAAUCUAUUCGGUAAGGUGACAUACAGACUGAUACUCACUUAUUCCCCCACGUGAAAUAAGGAGAAGAAGGAAACGAAAAGGGAAGUGAAAAAGGAGAGGAACUUCGACUGGCGUCGUUGUUAUCGGUAUGAGUGAUUAGAAGUGAUCACGAGUUAUCGAUGUUCAUUAACCCGAGAGGGCCAUUAAUUUAAAGAAAUAUCGAUUAAUGGUAUGGUGCCGAUUGUGGCAUGGACUAGGAACAGAUUUUAGCCUCUCGCUAAAUUACUACAGCGAGAUCCGAAUCUCCUCCAAUUUCGUGGAAAGUCAAAAGCUCUCCUUUUCAAGCUAGUCGUAGGACACUAUAGAGCUCGUUUAUUUGAUAAUAUCAUAAUUCAGACACACACACACGACACAAUUCGAUUAUGUACCUCGCGUCACGAUAAAUCGAUGGACAUUUAAUUAAUAACGUUAAUUAUGGUAAUUCGUAAAUUUCACCGUUUCACCAUUCAGGUUAGUCGACGAAGAGAAGGAAACUCAUCUCGAAACCCAUCGCGAAGUAUUGCGCACAAAAAUUAAUACGCGACAGUGCCAAAUGCCGACACUAAUGUAUGUACAGCACAAAGAAAACGAACGGACCGCAACUUUUUGUCGGGUUUUAUCAUUUUUUACAUGUAGAUGUGUAGGUCGAUGUACAUGUAAGCGUUGGCUGAGACGACGCGAGAUAUUCUUGAAUGAGCGAUUUCCGCACCGUAAAAUUAAUAUUCUUUCGGUACCUUGUCAAGACGAUACGAAUAUAUCUAUAUAUCAUGACGUCAAAAUAAUGUAUAAUACUUUUCUCCAAACUGGGUGCACCGA